AUGGAGCGUGUUGUGAAUCCUGGACCGAUUGAUCGUACACUUCUUCUCUCUCAGCAUGAGCAUAAAUCAAAAUUGUUAUGGAAAAGAUGCAGUAUGACCGUGCCCUUGUUACAGCUAUGGUUGAGCGUUGAAGGCCAGAGACUCAUUGCUUCCACUUACCUUUUGGAUGCUACACGGAGGAUUCGUCCAUGGCGUACUUUAUUAGAGACACUCACAGGAUGCGCCAUAGCACCUGCUGAUUUGGAUGGUGCAAGCCGGGUGAGGAUACAUAGCAUUACCGGCUACUUGCAAGAUCAGUUACAAGUAGAUCCGAUAGGAGAUGCUACUCCAGUGGAGCGGGUUGAGAAAAUUUCUAGACUUUACAUGCUUGUUAUAUUGGGGGGUGUCUUAUUUCUGAACACGUUGGGGAACCUUAUUAUCUUACAAUACUUGGCGUUCCUAGAUCCCAUCCACGACGUAGGUAAGUAUAGUUGGGGCAGUGCAGUGUUAGCCUACUUGUACCGUGCACUUUGUCGGGCAUUUAUCGGUAAUGUGGUUGACAUUUGCGAAUUUAUUCCUCUCCUUCAGGUAACUUUGCUAAAGUUUUAA